CGGCGUUGGGGCGGGGCGUGGGCAACAGCGCGCGGGAGGCGCGGGGAAGGGUGGGGGCCCCGCCGUGGGCGCUGAUAGCGCGGGUGCGGCCCGUAUCUCCCGGCGGAGCUGAGCGGGAAGCCUGUGCGCCUGCACCGGCCCCUCUCUCACUUUAUCUCGCUCUUCUGGUGGGCGAGUCCGCCCCGGGCGGAGUCCUCACGGUCCCACCACCCCCUACAAGGGCUCUGCCUUAGUUUCCCGGAAAACGGGGAGGUGCCAGGACAGGAGCGCGGAGCCAGUGGGACUCUUCAGAGAGGGCACCAGGGGCAGCCUGUACGCUGGCCCUCCUCCCCCAGGCUCCCAAUGGGCCGGACUGUGAUCGUGUUGGGCGGAGGCAUCAGCGGCUUGGCCGCCAGUUACCACCUGAGCCGGGCUGCGUGUCCCCCCAAGGUGAUCCUGGUGGAAGGCAGCGAGCGCCUGGGAGGCUGGAUCCGCUCCGUACGAGGCCCCGGUGGUGCUGUCUUCGAACUUGGGCCUCGAGGAAUUCGGGCGGCAGGAGCGCUGGGAGCACGUACCCUGCUCCUGCAGGUUUCCGAGCUGGGCUUGGACUCGGAGGUGCUACCUGUCCGAGGGGACCAUCCAGCUGCCCGGAACAGGUUCCUGUAUGCAGGCGGCGCCCUGCAUGCCCUGCCUUCCGGCCUCAGGGGCCUGCUCCGCACUUCACCUCCGUUCUCCAAACCUCUGUUUUGGGCUGGUCUGAGGGAGUUGACCGCACCCCGUGGCAAAGACCCUGACGAGACUGUGCACAGUUUUGCUGAGCGCCGCCUUGGACCGGAGGUGGCGGCUCUGGCCAUGGACAGCCUGUGCCGUGGAGUGUUUGCUGGCAGCAGCCGUGAGCUCAGCGUGCGGUCCUGCUUUCCCAGUCUCUUCCAGGCUGAGCGAACCCAUGGCUCUGUGUUACUGGGACUGCUGUUGGGGGCAGGACAGAGUGCACAGCCUGAUUCGGGGCUCGUACGCCAGGCCCGUGCUGAGCACUGGAGUCAGUGGUCUCUUCGAGGAGGGCUGGAAACAUUGCCCCAGGCGCUCACCACCCACCUGACCAGUGGAGGGGUCACCGUGCUCAGAGGCCAGCCGGUCUGUGGGCUCAGCCUCCAGGCAGAAGGACGCUGGAAGGUGUCUCUAGGGGACAGCUGCCUGGAGGCUGACCAUGUUAUUAGUGCCGUUCCAGCUUCAGUGCUCAGCAAGCUGCUCCCUGCUGAGGCUACACCUCUGGCACGUGUCCUGGGCACCAUCGCUGCAGUGUCGGUGGCUGUGGUGAACCUGCAGUACCGAGGAGCCCGUCUGCCUGUCCAGGGAUUUGGACAUUUGGUGCCAUCCUCAGAAGACCCAGGCACUCUGGGAAUCGUAUAUGACUCGGUUGCUUUCCCCCAGCAGGAUGGGAGCCCCCCUGGCCUCCGAGUGACUGUGAUGCUGGGAGGCUCCUGGUUACAGACGCUGAAAGCCAGGGGCUGCGCCUCAUCUCAGGAGCUGCUCCAGCAGAAGGCCCAGGAAGCAGCUGCCACACAAUUAGGACUAAAAGAACCACCAAGUCACUGCUUGGUCCAUCUACACAAGAACUGCAUUCCCCAGUACACACUAGGCCACUGGAAAAAACUGGAGUCAGCUUCCCAUUUCCUGGCUGCUCACAGGCUGCCCCUGACUCUGGCUGGAGCCUCUUAUGAGGGGGUUGCUCUCAAUGACUGUAUAGAGAGUGGGCGCCGGGCUGCUGCCCGGGCCCUGGGCUCAGAACUUGACAGCUGAUCCCCACACCCACCCCCUCCUGCCCCUGCUGGCUGGGAGUCUCUCACCCAUGAAAAUAAAAAUUGCUGGAGCUUG